AUGGACUCUCCGAAUGCGCAGAAGCCUGGGGAGGAUAGCACAGCUGGCGAGAAGCGCAGUGGUAAUGGAAGCCCACCAGGCCGUCAAGCCGCAGAAACCGGCGCGACUGUUGAGAAGAAGCGCAGGAGUAGUGGGGUGGGGGGAAAGGCCAGCUCUCUGUUAGCCAGUGCGAAAAACUCUCUACAUUUCGACAAGAGUCCCAAUUCCGCCAGUUUCAUGCGAAGUCAGGAGCCCAAUACUCAGACGCCUCUUCAGAAGCUCGGAAAGCAAGAUCCGGCGCUUAGCGUUCCUCAAGGUCAACACAAUAAUUCUGCUGGAGAGUCCGUACCCGGUCCAAGAUCUACAUUUACGGUUGGUGUUUGGGAAGACAAGAACAAGAAAUGCCGCCGUACUAUGGAAGACACCCAUGCUUUUCUCUACAACUUUUUACAUACCCCCGCUCCAGCCUUGGGUCCUGAAGCGCCCAGUACGAAGUCAAAGUCCAGCGAGGAGUUGGUUCAGAACGAGUCAACCCCGAGUCUUGUACCCACAACUUCUUCAAGUGAGAUGAUGGAGACUGACAAUGGCUACUUCGCUAUCUUCGAUGGUCAUGCUGGUACAUUUGCUGCUGAUUGGUGCGGAAAGAAGCUUCACAUCAUUUUGGAAGAGACAAUACGAAAGAAUCCAAAUACUCCAAUUCCAGAACUCCUGGAUCAGACUUUCACAAUCGUCGACGCACAGUUGGAGAAACUACCUUUGAAGAACAGCGGAUGUACUGCAGUCACUGCGGUUCUCCGAUGGGAAGAUAGGAUACCAAACGCCCAAUCCGCCACUGGAUCUACUGCUAUUGCACCAGCGACCGCAGCUGCAGUUCAGGCCCAAAACGAUGCUUCAAAGGGCGACGAGAAGUCUGGAGAUAGUGGAGUUGACAUGAGCAAGUCUCCGCCCCAAGCCAAUCCAGUGUCAAAUGCAGCUACUGCUCCUGGAAGCAGCGAAGCGACCCAUGCCCGACUUCGAACAACUGCUUCGCGUCAACGUGUUUUGUACACUGCAAAUGUCGGGGAUGCGCGGAUUGUUCUAUGCAGAAACGGCAAGGCCCUGAGAUUAUCAUAUGAUCACAAGGGCAGUGACGAGAAUGAAGGCAAGCGAGUUGCCAACGCUGGAGGUCUUAUCCUCAACAACCGAGUCAAUGGUGUACUCGCUGUUACCCGUGCUUUGGGAGAUUCGUACAUGAAGGACCUUGUGACUGGCCAUCCUUACACUACCGAAACUGUCAUUCAACCAGACCUCGAUGAAUUCAUCAUCCUUGCUUGCGAUGGCCUGUGGGACGUUUGUUCCGACCAGGAAGCCGUAGACCUCGUCCGCAAUCAACAAGACCCUGUGGUUGCUGCUAAACAACUAGUUGAUCAUGCCCUUGCACGAUUUAGCACCGACAACCUCUCCUGUAUGAUCGUUCGCUUCAAUAAGUCAGCCCUCUUGACCACAACAAAGGAGCCAUCUUCCGCCAUCGGUGUAGAAGGAGAUCCUAACUCAGUCUCUGGCAGGAUUUCUGAAACAGAAAAGAUUGUUGGUGACGCGCGAAGAAAGGUCCAGGAGGACGGCGUUCCAGGUAUCGGCAUCAGCGGAAGCAACAGUGGAAAAGGGCACGAUCCAGUGGCCAUUCCGGAGUCAGAUGAGACUGUGAAGCGAAUGAACAUGGAGAAGGUUGUCGAGGAGGAACCAGGUCUUGUUGAGAGUGACACACCAGAGAUGGAUCCAAAGGGCGCUGAGGCAGCAAGUCCUGAGACGAGGAAAGAUCUCCAGUUACCUGAAGGAGCACCGAAAUGA